AGCACCAGCCGCGGACCCGAACCCCACACCUAUCCCGUGCAACAUAUGGCUGAUCUGAGGCAGGAAGCCGGCAGACUCCUACAACAAUCUCUGUCUACAAAUACAUGUGCCACUUACCAAACAGGCAUCAAUGCCUUGCACCAGUUCCGGUCCGCACACCAGCUACAAGAGGUGUGGCCAGUCCCGCUGGAUCAGUUUGGAUGGUGGGAUCCAGCUACAUGGCCAGGGCACGGCAGUACUUGCUCCUGAAGGGCACCAGUCCGAACCAACCGAGGAUGCUAUGGCUGGCACGAGGGGAGAUGAGGUGGAAGGAGCUGGACACCAUUCUGGAUGCACAGGUCAAGGCGACACGGCGCAAUCCCAGAGCCCUCAUCAUUCACCUGGGCUCCAACGACCUGUGCUCGGUCAAGGGCAGCCAACUCUACCUUGACAUGGCGGCAUCAAUCCUUCGGAUACAACUCCAGCUUCCUGACACCAAGAUCAUCGUAUCCUCAAUUCUGCCCAGGCGCUACUGGCACGAUGCCAGGUAUCCACUAAAGAUCGAGGGGAUGCGGAAGAAUACAAUGGUGCCACAUCCCCAGAUCCUGGCAUCAGACAAGACAUGGUACGCCUGGAAGGGCGUCCACCUCAGUGACAAAGGAUUGUGUGUGUUUACGGACAAUUUAUUGCAUGCCCUGGCGCUUGUUUUGCACCAGUAAGGAUGUUAUCUCCACAGGUUAGUGUUUCUUUUCAGUACAUAGGCAAGCGGGGCAACAAUGCUAUCUCCGCGUAUCGCGUGGCCGUGGGUGUGGGGUAGCACUCUGGUGCUUUGUGGCGGGGUUCUUGUGGGCUACACUGCUAGUAACGAAUUGACUUGCUUCCAAAUUAAUACUCGUGCUUAAGGCUACCUGCUUUUCAGCGGGAACCUU